UUAUCUGGGGACCUCUGGUCAUUUGUAAUAAUUGCAGAGAUUGUCUGUGAUCAUGUUGCGCAUUCGCACUGGAUAAGUGAACUGUGAUUUUACUCGAAUUUACUGACUUAUCUCCCGGAAAUGACGUGAAGGCGCUUCCCUCUUUCUUAACAUGGCACAAAAGAGAGUUUAACACGGAUGCGCUGUCUGACAGAGAUUCAUUCAUUGACGCAGCCUUUAGCCCUUUACUGUACACACCAGGCUGGACCUCGCGUUGCGUUUUGCCGCGUCCCACAGUUUAGAAGCUAUCUAUCUUCAUUGAACGCAUCAAAGCAACUGUUUCAAAUCGCGCUUAAGUGGUUUAAAAGCCUGUACACGAAUAAGAGCGUGAUUACAUAAUGUAACGCUAGACAAAGGAUGUCAAAACAAACGGAUGCUGCGUUAAUUGCGUUAAAUAUUUUUCACGCGUUAAUUUGAAAUAAUUAAUCGCAUGCGUUAACGCGUUACCUUUGACAGCCCUACUUGAAAGUCUUGUCGUUGUAGGUGUAGUUGUAUGUAUACAGAAGAAUGUUCCUUACCGCAUGCUGCAUGCAUGUCAGCCAUCUCCAUGUAUUCCUUCUUUUUUGUUUCGCUCUUCUGAUCCUGUCAUGUUUUUUUACAGUGAAUAUUUUCUCUCUGCCAAUAUUAUUGUUGUCUGGUAUGUAGCGACAUAACCCAGCACCCAUAAUACUGUGAAAACACUCCAACGCAGCUUCCAUUCUUUGCGAAAGAUGACUGAAAAGGCGCACAGAAACCUUGAAAAAUGAUAUACGAUCCCGCCAAAUCUUGUUCAAAAUUUCAAAUCGCAGAGAUGCCGAUUCGCACUGGACUAAUAUCAUCACAGGACCUCGGUGUUCGUCAAAAUAUGGUAGGUAAUUUGUGGGGGAAUUUUUACUUGACAAAUUACAGACAUGGCCCUUUCGCACGGGAUUAAGAUCACAGACAAUCCCUGCGAUUAUUACAAAUGACCAGAGGUCCCCAGAUAAUACUAAUCCUGUGCGAAUAGGACUUUAGUCAUGUUUCUGUGAGAUUGGCAGAAAAAAAAGAUAAUUGUUUAUGCAUGUAUUGCCCUGCGAGAUCUAAAUUGAACUCUCUGACAAAUAUUUAAAGGACUCGGUACAAAUAUAAAGAGGAACAAAGUUUUUGUAUUAAUUAUACUACAUGCAUGGUAUUUGUACUUUUGCAAAAAAAAUCAAAUAAUGGUUCAAAUAAUAACCAUUAUUGUGUCCUGAAAUACUGUACACUAAAAGUAUAUUUUGUAUAUCUUUGUCGUUGUUAUUAUUAUUUGGACAAAGACACACACAGACAGACAGACCCACAGACACACAUUAUGGAAAUAUGGAGAAGCAAUAUGGAAAAACAAACAAACACACGGAGGAAAAUACAUGUAGGAGUAAGAGUAAGCAUUCCUGUUCAGUGGUAAGAGCAUGGCUCUAACAACGCCAAGGUCGUGGGUUCGAUCCCAGGGGAUUGCGCAUACUUAGAAACAUAUGUAUAGGAUAAUGGGUAACACUUUAAAAUAAUGGUCCGUUGUUAACAAGUAACUAUGCAGAAAGUAAUACUACAUUAACACUUACCUUAAUACUAUUAACUAAUAUAGAAGCAAGAUUAACUAAGCAAUAAGUAAUAGCUAAUUUAGGACAAAUGUAGUUUCUUAUUUGGUAUUUGAUAAUUACUAAAGAAAAAUUCCAUCAUUGAGAACUACUUGCGAAAUAUGACCAAUUAAUAAAGAAAAAUCAAUUAAUUACUAAUCUCAACAUUAACGUACACAAAGUGAAAAAAUAGGUUGUUUGUGGAAACAAAUUUAUGAAUAAAUACAAAUACCAAAAGCCUAAUACCAAAACAUGAAUGGAUAUAUUCUACAUAUAUAGCCUAUCCAUAGAAGUGUUAAUGUAGUACUACCUAUUACUUUCUGCAUAGUUACUUCUUAACAACGGACCAUUAUUUUAAAGUGUUACCGGAUAAUGCAAUGCAAGUCGCUUUGGAUAAAAGUGUCUGCCAAAUGCGUAAAUGUAAGUGGAGUAUCGAGUAGGCUGUGAGGAGAAUAAAAAUAGGAUUAUAAUAUUUUGGCCAUCGUUAGAGUAAUUUUGCUCUGUAAAAUCUCAAUGCACAUCCUCAAUGUAAAGAAAUUAACAUAGAAUGUUACGUUCUUAUUUAAUCGACAUUGAGUUUGAGCCUGCAGGUCCAAUUCUCACCACCAGUGGCCGCUCUUUCCUACAUUAAAAACAUUUCAUUCACUUGCCACCUGUCACUUAUUGUAUUGGGGACAAAUUUGUGCGCAAAGGUAACCUGAUCCAACUGAUUUUCCUUUUGGGAACAUUUAGAAUGCACCCUAUUGUAAAACUAUGUAUAGCUAAAUAAAGAACGUUUUCUUGGGUUUAGUCAUUAAAAUGUAUUAUACAAUUUUGUCCCAGUUUUCAAAUCUAAAUGUGUGUGGGACUACAUUUAGCAAAUAAAACAAAUACAUUUUGCUGUGUCUUUGCUUGUGCAACAUCUCCUCCCACUUCCUGUAGGCAGACACAUCUGAAUGACUCAACAAAAGAUGCUCAUUAAGAUCUGAAUGCUGCUUUAACAAACACUGAUAAAAACAGAGAAGACUUCAUAUUCAUAGACUAUUUUUAUUACAUACAGGAUUAUGCAGUAUUGGCUGCUUAGUUACUAGGACUUAUUGCCAUUGUGUGCAGAAUGAUCUCGUCCUCCAGUACUCCAAUAUCUCAACUCACCAUUAACAAACUACAAUGGACACCGUUUUCUACAUCAUCAUUAUUCUCCUGGGCACCACUGGGAACUCUGUGGUCAUCUGGGUGGCCGGCUUCCGUAUGAAACCCAACGUCACCAAUGUAUGGCUGGUCAACCUGGCCAUAGCUGACCUGAUCUUCUGCUUCACACGAGUGACCUCGCUCAUCAGUAUUUUGGUUGACCACUGGCCUUUCGGAGACGUUCUCUGCAAGUUAACUGGCUUCUUCAAAUAUACCAACAUGUUCUGCAGUGUUUUUCUGCUGGCUGUUAUCAGCGUUGAUCGAGUGCUCUGCGUGUGGCGUCCGGUGUUCACGAGGAAGAGACGGACGUUGUGUGCUGCUCGUGUGAUCAGUUUGGGGGUUUGGAUUGUGGCGAUUAUUUUCAGUUCACCGUAUUUUGUGUAUCGCGGGGUCUACACUAAAAAGAACAACUUGAGCCAAUGCUCAUUUAAGGAAAAAGAAGAAGAAGAGGAAGAAGACGGAGAAAAUUCUCCAAAGUAUGUUUACUACUACAUUCGCUUCUUCUGUGGAUUUCUGGUACCUUUCCUGGUGAUCUUUACCUGCUACACACUAACUGCUAUUGGGAUACGUAGGACUCGACUCUCUGGCAAAUCGAGACCUCUUCGCAUUCUUGCUUUAGUGGUUUUGGCCUUUUUCUGCUGUUGGGUCCCAUAUCACAUCCUAGGUCUUGUUAAGCUAAUGAAUAAAAAACACUGGUCUGUACAGUUAGGAUGGCGUAUGGCUUCAAACUUAGCCUAUUUCAACAGCUGCAUGAACCCAGUGCUGUACUUCUGUAUGGGUCUGGAUCUCAGGCAAUGCUGCAAUCAAAGUCUGUUAGCCUUUUUUCACAGAGCUCUUACAGAAGAAGGCCAAACUCUGUCCCAGGACAGCACUGUGGAUGAACGCUUGAAUUGUGUUACAAAGGCAAAUGGUAAAGUUCACCACACACCAGUGUCUAUGACUACAGAUUAAAUGCAUGACAUUUUUCAUCAGUGUGUCACUUUCCAUGAGGUGUAAAUAGUUGCUGAGCUAAAAUUCAAACAAAGCUUAUUACUCAAAGACAUAUCUCAUUAAUUAUCUCAUUCCAUACUGUAAACGCUGUGUUUACAAACUUUUUGCUGUAAUUGUUCAUUUUUUAACUAUUACAUAUGCAUGCAUGAUAUUUUUUGUAUGUCCUUUGCAAUUGUUUUUUUAAUAAUGG